UGGCGCGCAUGUAAGGCAUUACGGCGCAUUGUUUAUUGCAUGUCACCCCGCGCUCUCGCCUUGGUUUUGGGGGCGACGAUAGAUACAUAAUAAAUAUUUAACAAUUUGGAGUGUUGAUUGGAGUAAUUUAAGGGAGCCUCCCGUUCAUUACCAAUAUGGAGUGUCUAAUGGGAAUUGCGUUUAAUGACUUUGUUCUCCUUGCGGCCGAUCGAACCUGUUCGGCUCAUGGCAUCCUUGUGGUGAAGCCGGAUGAUGACAAGACAUUCAAGCUGGCAGACAACCUGGUGAUGGCUGUCAGUGGGGAGCCUGGAGACACAGUCCAGUUUGCUGAGUAUAUCGCCAAGAAUAUUCAGCUCUACAAGAUGCGAAAUGGUUACGAGCUGUCUCCGUCGGAGGCUGCCCACUACACGCGCCGUACGCUGGCGGAGUACCUGCGCUCGCGGUCCCCGUACCAGUGUAACCUGCUGCUGGCCGGCCACACGGCCGACGCCGGGCCAGAGCUCUACUUCAUGGACUACCUGGGCAGCUGCUCGCGGCUGCCGUACGCCGCCCACGGCUACGGAGGCCUCUUCUCGCUGUCCGUUAUGGACCGGUACUACAAGGCCGAUGCCACCCUGGAGGAGGCGCUCGACAUCAUGCAGAAGUGCGUGGCCGAGAUCCAGACGCGACUCAUCGUAAACCUGCCCAACUUCCAGGUGUUGGUGGUUAACAAGGACGGCGUCAAACACCUGGACGACAUCACCGUACACUCGCUCAAACAGCGGCCCGUCAUGGGCUGAUGGAACCGUCGGCCGGUAAUCUGACAGAGCUCUGGUGUGGGCUCCUUCACACGCGGUACGAACUAGGCGAGAUUCCUUGUCCUGGCGCCGGUCUGUGUCAGAGGACGUACCACCGCAGCUGGUUGCGUGGACGGCACUUCUGUCACAGUGUACUGGAAGUGAUUUCGGUCAGAACGCUCCCAUUGAAUGGCCACGUGGCGUCAUGUUCUCAGACUAUGGUGAUGUAAUACACGCUGUUCACACGCUCGUG